UAAGUAUAGGAAUGUGUAGCUAGUAAGCCAUUUUGUGCUUUGUAGCGUUUGAGCAUUUUGCGGCAAGAUCUCUAUCGCUAAUUUUUUUUCUGGCUCUGUGAAAAAAAUUUGAUGGAGUUCCAGUACGUACUUAAGACCAGGGCAAAGUUAGAAGAGUAUCACCAGCUAUGUCAAAAACACGUGAAGAACUUAAGAAGUUGCUUGAUUCAUUUAGUGAGGCUAUAGUAUUCUGGAAGAAUUCUUUAGUCAAUCAAAGCUCGUUGGAAGGGUCAGAAAUUCAAUCUGCAACUGUUGAUGAUCCUGUAAAAGAACUUGAAAAAUUAGUUAAAUUAACUAAAGCUCAUACUACUAAAGUUGGAAUUAUAUUCAAACCUGAAAAUCUCAAGAAGGACGUGACUCCUGCCUAUAACACAUUGCUGAAAUUAUCUGAAUCAUUAAUCUUACUUAUAUCUAUAAUAGCGCAAUUAAAACCUAAUGUCAUAUCUCAAUUAUUCUACGAUGAGAUCCUAUUACAAGUGAAGAACUUACUAGAUAGUAAUGCAGGAUUUGUAAAAGAAUUAAAAGUAGUGGUGGAUGAAGAAAUCAAGUCUGAUAUAACUGAAACUGUAACUAAAAAGGAUGAAGUAGAUGGAAGAUUAGUAUCUGUGGGGAAGAUAUGGUCUAUCUGUGAUACUUUCUUACAAUUGGUUCAAGAUGGAAAACUUGGACUUCUUACUUCAAAAAUAAAACAAACAGUAGCAUUAAUCGAAGAUGGAUAUGAAGAAUUUGAAGAGUGGGCAAAAAAUCCGACCGAAUUUGAUGACGAAGACCCUUUUGGUUUCAGUGAUGACGAUGAAGAGGAAGAAGAAGAAGAAGAACAAAAUGAUGCAAUUCCACCUAGUGUACCUUCAGAAGAUAAAGAGGAUUUAAAGAUAUUUGCUACCAAAUGGGUGAAGAAAAUCGAUCUUGUCAAACUAUUAAUAGCGUCCUUCAAGAAAUCAUUACCAAUAAGUACCAAUGGUGAAGUAGUUGAUGAAAUCUACAAUUUACAAAAUGGGUUAGUCUCUCUAAUCGAUAAAUUUAUUGUUGAUUUGAUGUUAGAUCAAACAAUUGAUGAAGAAAUUGAACACUAUACUAAAUCAAUUACAAAAGAAUCACACAAAUUAACUAAAGUUGCUCGAGAAGUACAUAAAAAUAAUGAUAAAAAAUCCAAAUGGUAUGAAGCUUGGAAUACUAAAUUUGAUUCGAAUUAAAUAGAUAUAUUUUAGUACUUAC